AUGCUUAUUAAGACAUCUUUAGAUGUGCAAUACAAAACUAAGCGAUGUCUGCUCAUAAUGGCUAUAAUUGACAUUGCCUUACUUGCAAAAUUUUGCUACUCCCGAGAUUUUCUAACAAUAAGGCCACAGAAAGCAAAAGCUUUUUGUAAAACCAAGCCUUCAUUUCAAGUUGAAACCAUUAAAGAAAAUAUGCCAAUAAUAUAUGGAGUUACUUCCACAUACAAAAGAUAUCUGCAGCUACCAGAACUCACUCGUUUAUCACAGACUCUUCUCCAUAUACCAAAGUUUCAUUGGAUACUGACAGAAGAUUCAUACCAGAAAACUAAAACAGUAACUAAGUUUCUGCAGAAAUCAGGACUUAAUUACACGCACCUAAACACAAAAAACAAUAUUCCACCAACAAAGUUCAUAAAAGACUACAAUACCAGAAGAAUGGGACUGAAUUGGAUCCGUGAAAACGUACCACCGACCAAAGAUGCUAUCAUGUAUUUUAUUGAUGAUGACAACACGUACUCGUUUAAACUUUUCGAUGAAAUUCGUGCAACAAAGCGCGCUGCUGUGUGGCAGGUGGGUUUAGUUGGUGGCAUACUCAAUGAAGGCCCAGUAAAAUGUGAAAACGGGAAGGUUUUGGAAUGGAAGGCCUAUUGGUGGCCUGACAGAUUAAUCCCAAUUGACAUGGCUGGCUUUGCAGUUCAUGUCAAAUUACUCUUCGAGAGACCGAAAGCAGAAUUUCGUGAUCUGCCAGAUAUGGAAUCUGACUUUUUAAGCUCACUUUGUGUGACGCGUGACAACAUUGAAGCUAAUAACUGCAAUGAUGUCUUAGUGUGGCACACACAAACAAAAACACCAGAGGUCGAAGAAUAACAUCUAUAUGGCGUGGCACGUGGUUAAGGGCACUCUUUUUAGAUCGAAGGAAAUGAAAUAUUACCCCGACAGUAUUGCUAUGAGCUUAUGUGUACAAGCAUUUAACAGCCAUUUCCCCAACCCUACUGUAGCUUACGGAUUAUCUAAACAUCAGCCAUAGAGAAAACAAAAUAAAAAACAAACACACCAAAGUACAUAUGAUGUGGUAUAACGCCUAAGCUGAACAAGGUAUGUGGAACAUCUGUUUUAUAACUGUUGGUGCCCCACCAUUAUUGUGCAACAGCAGGGCUGUGAGAAUUAUAAACGUCAAAGUAUCCGGUAAAGACCUACAUUUUCAAGAAAUAUGUACAUGUAAAUUAAGAUGUAUGCGCAUGCUUAAUAAACAUGAAUAUAUUCAACCUGUAAAA